UGGACCACAGCAGAAACAGAAUCAGCAGCCGAGACUGUAAGUGCGGCAGACAUAAUUGAAUUUGAGCCAAAAGAGGCGCAGUAUCAAAGCGAUCAACAGCAUGAGCAACAUGAAGACUUUUUUGCCAGAGUUGGACGAUAUAAACGACUGUCAAAGUGUGUACAGUAGCGUUUACCAUGAUAACCUCGCCUACUUUGUGUGCCGCGAUAAACAGCCAUUAGAUAUCAUUAAAGGCGAGGGUUUCAAGCGCUUCACCCAAGUGCUCUGCCCAUCUUUCCAGCUGCCUAGCAUUAAGCAACUGGGCACACGCAUCGCGCAGAAAGCAGAGCUGCAUACGACACAAAUGCGACAGCAAUUGGGUAACAUGCAAACACUUUCGCUAAGCUGCAACAUCAAUCAAGCCAACAGCACUGCAGAGCUAUCUUAUCUGGAGGUAGCUGCACAUUACCAUGAGGGAGUACAUCGGAGGUCGCGGACACUUUCAGUACAAGCACUGCCCAUGCAGUACAAUACCAGCAGUAUUGUGGAGCGCUUGGAACGCAUUUGUCAGCGUUUUGAGAUCAACAAGUCAAAAAUUAUGUGCAUCGUCAGUCGGAGCAACCGAAUGCUGGAAAAUGCAGUUGCCACAUUGCUGGGCAGUCAACGGCAUGUGCCUUGCUUUGCGCAGUUACUGGAAACGAUUCUGGAAUCUGUGGUACAACGCCAAGAGUUCAGUGAACUAUGCGAUAAGGUGCGUCGCCGUGUUGCCCACCAAUUGAGUAACAGCUUAACGACGACACAUGUAAAGCUGGAUGUUAAUGGGCGUGCUAUAAGCAGCUACGAGAUGCUUGAACUGUAUGUGCGUCAUACUACGCAUACAUCGCACAAAUUACAGAAUCCGAAUUCCGAAUUGUCGACAAUUGAUGCAACGACACCUGCCUUGAAUAAUGAUGAAAUCGAGCUGGCUUUGGAGUUGCUAAGUGUGUUGGGCCCAUUGGCCAGUGCUGUGCGACAGGUGUGUGGUUCGAGUAUAUCUUCGUAUCCCUGUGCUAGUAACGCUCUGCCCAUAUUAUACACAAUUCUUAACGAACUGAAGCAGCCGGAGAAUGUUAAUCAACAACAACAUCAAAUCGCAUAUGAAAUGCGAUUGUUUGUGAUCAAGCAGUUGGAAGAGUGUUUUGACGGAUUGGAGAAAAAUAUGAUGUUGGCCAUGUCAAGUUUACUAGAUCCACGUUUUCGAAAUAUGCCGUUUCAGAGUGCGUCAUUGAUGGCUAAAUAUAUGACACAUUUGUACAAUCUGUAUGAAGAGAAAGUUGAAACAACGGCUGACGAUUCGGAUGAUGAAACCACAACGGAUGGCUAUGAUAUUUGGUCUGCUUAUAGAGCAUUUUCACAGGAAAAGCAUAAGCAAAUCACCAUGAUUGGUGAGCAAGAGAAUCAGGAUGAGAUCUCCAGCUAUUUCUGUGCGAAUAUCAGCAGUUUGCAAACAGAACCAUUGCUCUUGUGGAAGGAUCUUGCCCAAUUCCAUCCAUUUCUGCACAGUCUAUCCAAGAAAUAUCUGCAUAUUCCUGCAUCAGCGAUUCCACCGGCCCGUCUUUUUACAGCCUCUGGCGCUGAAGUGCUGGCACAACAUAAAAAAUUAAUGAGCGAGCACAUGAAUAAUGUGUUGCUUAUGUCGGAUUGCACUCAAGAAGAAUGGAAAUUAUAGUGAAUAUAUGUUUUUAUAAAUAUAGGCAAUUUUUAUUUUAACAUGAUCUAAAUAGUAUUACAAAUAAAAAAAAUACAUAACGAUAA